AUGCGGUCUUUUAUAUUAUUAAUUACUUCACGCCACAUACUGAAUAUUCAAUUUUUUUUUCCCUCUUAUAUUUCAAACAAAUGUAAAAAUAUAAAGACUUUCGUCUUAACAGACGGCUCCGGCGCAGGCAGGCCAAGAGAGGGGCUGGCAAGCAAAAAGAGGGGGGAUCAUGAAUCGACCAAUCGCCUUCGGCAUGAUUAUGGUCAUGACAGAAGAACAGAAGGGAUGCCGAAAAAAAGCCAGGGAUGUAAGGAACAACUUACAAUUGACAGCAUGAUACUGAAACAAGCAGAAAAGAACCAAAGAAAUUUGUACACAUGCUAUAUAGACUACAAAAAAGCAUUCGACUCUGUACCACAUAAGUAG